AUGGACGCAAGUGCAGCUGGGGAGAACUCACAAGAGGUGAUGUCUGGUAGAUUCAAGCAAGAUCCUCCUAGUUCCGCCAGCUCUGACAGUGGAGGAGAAGAUACUUUGGGGCGCCAGAUGGAGGAUGAGGAGCCUAAUACUAAUUUGGGGGAGAUGGAGGGCAGUCAACCCAUUACUCCACGACCUUCAUCAACUGGUCCACAACAAAAUCCCACUCAAGGUGCCUUGAGAUCUCCAAGAUCCCGCAGACAGCGCUCAACAUCUCAGUCACAAACUUCCCGCAUCAGAGAGCCAAUCUUGCGGGGUCGAAGACGUACCAUUUACACAGCUGGUAGACCUCCAUGGUAUGAUUGUCAAGGGCAGCUAGUUGAGCCCUUUGUUAUCGGUAAGUUCAACUUUCACUAAUUUAUUGAUAUUUUCUCUU